AUGGUUUUGUUGAAAGGACUGGAAGUGUUAUGUUAUUCGAGUACAACAUUUGCAGAUUCAUUGCGAUUUAGCGGAGAAAGAAUGUGGGCUAGUUUGGUUAAUGGCGCUAUUGAACGUGCCAAAGGGCCUGUGAUGAUUUAUUUGCUAGCUUCAUGCAAGAAAACGAUCGUGAGGCGUUAUCCUUUUAUGACUGAGCAUGCAAUAUUAGAAGAAAUUGGUACUCUAAAGGAAGUUUUUUCUCGUGUACCCGUUGCAUUCCGAACUGUUGAGGGGGCGACGAUUUUUCUAGAUUCCAUCGAUCUGAUGUUGUUGACGACUGGAAUCGAUCAACUGAUUAAGUUGUUAAAAGAAAUCUCGAGAUUUGGAACUGUCAUUGCGCGGGUACACGAUGAAUGUAUUACCAAUGAAAACUGGGAAAGAUUGAGUUCUGUUCUCCAUAUUGCGUGUUCAUUAGAUCUUAAAGACAUGAAAGUACCACUGUAUACAGUAGUUUCUUUUAGAAACGAUGGAAAGAAGGUUGUAAAGGUGGGAACAAUAAAAUUUGACAAAUCUCUUCGUACAACUUUCAAGCCAUAUAAAGACCAGAAUGCGAAUGGGCUUGUUAAUAAUGAGAGGUUAUCUGUGCCGAAUAGCACUUUCGAUGUAGGGCUUCAUUUGAAAGAGUCUGAACGUAAAGCAAAGCAGAAUCUGCAGCUGCCAUAUGAAGCAGCUCAAAAAAAGGAAGAACUAGUAAAAAUAAACAUGAAUGGAAAUCGGAAAAUUAGAGCUGGUGGUCGCAUAAUUUAUACUCCGGACGAAAUGGAUGACAUAGAUGAAAGUGACCCUGAUGAUGAUCUCGAUGUUUAA